GAGGCAACACUGCUCUCUUCGUUAAUAUUUUGAAAACACAAGAAGUGACGUGCCUGACGUGCUAAACGUCAAAAACUAUUAGUCAUUAUUUUUGGAAAAACGAUUUCAAGCCAGCAAACAAUAUUGAAAAAUUCUUAUUUGGGCUGAUUAUUUUGUUUCCUGAUCAAAUCAUGUCGUCCCGUAAGACAGCCGGCCGCCGUGGCACCAACAAGAAGCGCGCCCAGCGUGCCACCUCCAAUGUGUUCGCUAUGUUCGACCAAGCACAGAUCGCAGAGUUCAAGGAGGCCUUCAACAUGAUUGAUCAAAACCGAGACGGAUUUGUCGACAAGGAUGACCUGCAUGACAUGUUGGCUUCUUUAGGUAAGAAUCCCACAGAGGAUUACUUGGAGGGUAUGAUGAACGAAGCUCCAGGCCCAAUUAAUUUCACCAUGUUUCUGACGCUGUUUGGAGAGCGUCUGCAAGGCACCGACCCAGAAGAUGUCAUCAAGAAUGCUUUUGGAUGCUUCGAUGAAGAGAACAUGGGCGUGAUAGCCGAGGAGCGUCUCCGCGAGCUACUGACUACGAUGGGCGACCGCUUCACCGACGACGACGUCGACGAAAUGCUCCGCGAGGCGCCAAUCAGAGAUGGCCUGUUCGACUAUGUCGAGUUCACGCGCAUACUCAAACAUGGUGCUAAAGACAAGGACGAGCAGUAAGGUGGCUGUGUGGGCGGGUACUCACUUCUAUCGUGUAGAUGUUAUAUGGACACACACACAUGUAUUGUAUUGGAAGUGUUAGCACCGUGGAAAACAAACUUAAAAACAACAAUAAAAUACCUUUUGCUUCCAUGUCUAUCAAAUUGGGCUAAUAAGAAAGUGAAUAGCAUACGCCAUACCUUACCUUAUUUUUUUUAUGUAAAUGUCCAUAAUGAAUAUGUUAAAUUACAUGUUGAUGAUUAAGAAGAUAAUUUUAUAAAUUUGGAAAUUUUAUGGUUUGGACAUGUUGCCAGUAUUUAAACAAAAAGAUAGGUUAUAAAAGAAAAUGUACACUUUUACUAACAACGCCCGCCCAGACGGUACUUAUUAUAUUGUUUAUUGCCAAACUAUAUUGGUAUUAUAAUGUUAGGUUUUACAAAAAGCUGAAUAAGUCUUUAGUCUAUCAGAAACAUAAUAAUCUCGAAAAACAGACUGAGGUGCUAAAAUGUUAUUCAACAGUUGAAUAUCUAAAAUAGCAAAUGCAUUUGUUGAAAUGAUUCCAUGUUUUAUAUACAAGUAACAAGAUAUUUUUCCCAUUGCUUUGAAAUUCUUAUACUGUUAAUGUGAUUGGCCAAAAGUAUUAUAAUCAUUCCCGAGGUUAGACAUUGAUUAGUUCUGUACUUGUUUAAAAUGAAGUAUAUUUAAGUUAAGAGAACAGAAUUUGUUUUUUAAAUUAUGAAUUUGAAGUAGGAAGUGAUGAUAACUAUGGUAAUAUACAAGACGUGUGUUACGUAGGUAUUAAUAAUCAUGUAUGUAUGUAUUUUAUUAAGCCAUAUAUUAUAACUAAUUUUUAUCAUAAAUA